CGCAGCAAUGAGCCCAAUCAUACCACAACCAUAGUAAAAGACUGCUCUGUCAACCUUGUGUCAACCAUGCCAGACGUGUACGAGUCGGCGGAGUCGGAUGCCUUGAACGACAGCUCGAGCGGUGCAGCACAACCUGUCCCCACGCGAUCCAUUUAUGCGCUGACGCGCAAAGAAAUAACACGAGGAAUUGCGAAUCGCUUUGUGCACUCGCACACGUACAUAUUUCUCUACUUGUCUAUGGCAGCACUGUCCGUAACAACCGUCGUGCUCAGUCUGUCCGACGGAUGUCCAGGGUUGUCGUUUUAUAUCUUGGAGAUAAUAAUUAACACGAGCAUGAUCUUGGAGGUCGGUGUGCGUUUGGUUGCGUUUGGUCGGCAAUUCUGGAAAUCACCGUUUAAUGUGUUGGAUCUUAUACUCACCUUGUUCUGUGUGAUCACUUUGUUGGUGAUAACAUUUGCAGGAUGUGGAGCGGGGAGUAAGGAAGAAGAGUUGUUAGACACUCUACUGCUUAUUGCACGUAAUGUGCUACAAUUCGGCCGUCUAGCAGCAGUCAUGCGACAGUCCGGCCAGUCCAUCUUUUCCAGGCCAAAACCGAUCGAUAUCUCCGCAGUCAGGAGAGCAGGCUAUACUAGCCUCGACCUUGAUUUGGAAGACGACAACGAAUAUGAUGAUGAUCCAGAACUGGGUCGACCGCUGGUACAAGAUGUAGUAUUAUUUGAUGCACAAGACGAGGAGCAACCCGCUCGCAUGUCAGAUAUGCCACGCGCUGCGCAGGCUGUGUACGACCGCGAUGAUGAGGACGUCUGGGCGGAGUUGGGUUGAGGCGAGAGGCGAUCCACAUUCUGUGUCCUUAUAUAUUCCAUUUCAUUUUCUGCGACGCACUCUACUCGGACAACCUUGCCAUUAAUUCUAUCCUCGCAACUUGCUUUUUCGAAAUGGGAUCUAGGCCAAAGCAACGGUCGGCACGGAUUAUUCCGGUCGGUGCCAUCUAGCGAUCUCCACCUCAAUUCGUCGUUCGAUAUGGCAGGUCCGACUUAUAUUGC